UUUGCCGGUGCUGCUCUGCUGUAAACAAAAAGUGUCUGAGGGAGACAGAGGCGCUUCAUUGGAUUUUAGGACGAUUUUUAUUUCUUUCAGUUAUAAUGUCUCUAGGAAUGUCUUACAAGCCCAACCUCCAUCAGCAUGUUCUCGGAACUUCCGUGAACCAAGUUGCUGUUGUUCACUCUACAUCAACAAGCAUAUCAACACUGCAAUCUUACAGGCCAUUAGUGAAUGACUAUGGACCACCAUCUUUCGGCUUUUCACAGAGUUCAAGUGGAAGUCAAGUGCCUCAGAGUAAAUAUGCAGAACUGCUAGCCAUUAUUGAAGAGCUUGGGAAGGAGAUUAGACCAACUUAUGCUGGGAGCAAAAGUGCCAUGGAGAGACUAAAGCGAGGUAUCAUUCAUGCCAGGGGGCUUGUACGUGAAUGCUUGGCAGAAACAGAGAGAAAUGCAAGGUCCUAACAGGCAAAGUACAGGCAAAGUUAUUGGAUUGAAUUGGACCAACUCUCCAGACUGAAGAUCUACAAGACUCAAAAGACGAAGCUUUUAGUCAAUACUUUUAUUGGACCAAUAAAAACUAAAAGUUCAUUGUUUUUUAAAACUGCGAUGGCACGUUCGGCUUUGACAAAAAAAGUGCCCUAUGAGCUGUACUUGACAGGAAUUUCCUGGUUUUAUUUGUGUUCCCUUUGGAAAUGCCUAAUUUCAAUAUUACUUGAAUGAAUAAAAAAUAAUGAAAACAAACAAAAAUGCA